AUGAUCCAGCCUCUGACGCUGUCGACUGGUUGGAGACAGGAGCGCCCUCCGGAAUUACUGUUCACCCAAAGUUGGAAGGGAUCUGGCCCCCUGUCGAAGGGGAUGAAGCCAAGAUCGAGUCUGAGUUUUUUUUUCACGAAUUUUGAAUCUUUCCACAACUAUGCAGGGGUUGAAGAGAAUCCUGCAGCUAUUUCUGCCAUCCAGGGAUAUAUUGAAAAAGGCUACUUACGUCCUUUCGAUUCCCUGGAUGAGUGCCGUUCUGCGCUGGGAGGUUUUGAACCUGUAUUGAGUAGAUUAGGUUGCAUUUCAACAGAGAAGCCUACACCCGAUGGCGGCACAGUCAUCAAGAACCGUAUCAUCUUGGAUGCUAAGCAAUCCGAGGUCACCUCUGCGACUUCACGCGAGUAUAGGUCUGUUAUGCCACGGCUCACAGAUGCUGUGACAGAUGCACUUUGCAUGAUGAGCAACCUGGAAGCAGAUGAAACACUGGAGCAAUUGAUUGCGGACAUAUCGGAUGCUUUCUGGCUGAUUCCACUGCAUCCGAAUGAACGUAGAUUUUUCGUCGCGCGCUUUCAAGGCAAGUAUUUGGUCUUCGAGCGAACUGCACAGGGGUCGAGGGGCGCACCUCUCACAUUUUGUACAAUCAUGGGAUUGGCCACAAGGUUGCUUCAAUCUUUGCUUUUGCAUGAUCACUUGCACAUGAAGCGUCACAAGCAAGAUGCACGCGUGCAAGUGUACACGGACGACCCAUGGAUCAUUGCAAAGGGCACGCCGUCACAGGUCAACCGGAUUUUCAGUAUUGUCCUGUUGACGUGGUGCUUGUUUGGGUUUCCAGUGGCAACUCACAAAGCCACACGAGGAAGAUCGUUGAAGUGGAUUGGCAUGUACAUCAGCUUGUUCUCUGAUCGUGUCGAAGUCAGCAUCCCACCGGACAAAGUUGACGAGCUGGAGCGUAUGACUUUGGAUUUUCUGAAGUCAAAUGUGGUGUCUGUCAAGGCUCUACGUACUUAUGUAGGCAAAGCCAUGAGCAUUGCGUCCGUUAUCUAUACAUGGAGGCCGUUCCUUAACCAAAUUUUUGCUGCAAUCCACUCAGACGUGGAUUCGAAUGCACCAAAUGGGACAUGGCCAUUGGACGGAUUCCUGAACGCAGGCCCACAUGUCGUGAUUAUUUGGGAUGCAAGCCCUUUUGGAAUUGGAGCAGUGUUGUGCAUCAACGGUGCCAUUGUCGAGUACUUACAUGACACGCCGUCAAGCUUUGAGUCUGAUUUGCUCCGCCUUGUUAGAGGGGAUUCGGAGUCACAGCAAGUCAUGGAAUGUUUAGCAGGACUUGUCGCUCUUCGCACUUGGGCUCAUUUCUGGAAGAAGCGCAAGAUUUCUCUGGCCAUCAGAAGCGACAACGUAGGAGCACUGAUUCUUCUUUCCAAGUUGAAGACCACAUCAACUCGCAAUGCAAUCAUCGCACGUGAGUUUGCAUUGGACUUGGGCGAUGCUUCAUUCGCUCCACGCAUCAUUGAGCAUAUUCCAGGCUUCACUAAUGUCAUUUGUGAUUCGCUGAGUAGGCUGAGUAGGCUUCUCGAUGACUCCGGCAAGUAUGCCACUCCUCCCAUUCUCAAAGAAUGUCGGAGGGUGGAUCUCCCAGCGCGCAAUGAAGAUUGGUGGCGAAGCAUUCGGCCGCUAAAGCAAGUGGCAGAUAACCGAUAG